AUGGUGGUAAUGGGAAUUCAAAGGGGGGAUAACUUUAAGACAUUACAAACAGAAUUGGGUAAGAUGGGCAUAGAGGAAAAGAGAGCAGAAAGAGGAAUAGAAAAACGUGGUUUGAAGGUAGGAGAUUGAACUUAACUUCAGCUGUGUUGAGUUUUGCUAGCCAGAGGCACAUCAGGUGAGACGAGUUCAACAGGAAAUUUAAAUUCUGGCACCAAUGUUUGAGGACGAUUGAGUGGAGAGAGCCAGAUUUAUAUUCUUUCACACAAAAAAUGUAGUUGAAACUUUGGGGAUGGGAGUUAAGGAAAGAAUGUAAACAAAAAAGGAAAGGGAGAUGGGAGGAGAAAGAAAGAAUGGAAGAGAACUCAGAUCCUGUAAUUUCGUUGAGGAAAAGGAUUUUUACGAAGAAGUGCUGGAGAGCAGUGCCAUAAUUGGGUGAUGUUGGGGAGACCUGUGCCGGUCAUUUAGAGCCAGUGGCGUGGGGACACAGUGCAGCCACAGAAAUGGAUCAAAGUCCGUGAGAGAGUGGGAAUGGAAAUCCAGGUAGAGAUAGGUAGAAAACUUUUGACGCUCAGGAGAAGAAGGAAAGAAUGGGUAAAAUACAAAGAAUACAGAUUUCUGGAGAUAGAUAACAUUUAGCCUCAAUGAGUAAAGGGAACGAAAGUAAGAUCUGACAGUUUGGCCUUUUGGAGGAGUAGAUGCUUUGUGAAUAAAGACACCUUUCUCUUUAAUAGUUUUUACCUAAUCGGCAUUCCAUGUGUUGAUACCAUGCAGUGAGAGAACCUUUUUCUCUGAAGAUUAUUGAGGAUCAUCUACCCUUUGGUACAGACCAAAAAGCAAGUAGUAAUUGGACAGAUUUUUUAAGAGCUAAUUCUCUGGAGAUUGAUGAGGUCCCUCUUCACUAGUAGGGGAAGAAUGGCCCUGAAACAGGUUUCCAGCAGCAAGUGCUUUGGCGGACUGCAGAAAGUUUUUGAACAUGACAGUGUUGAACUGAAGUGCAAAAUGAAAUUUGCUGUCUAUUUACCACCAAAGGCAGAAACUGGAAAAUGCCCUGUGCUAUAUUGGCUGUCUGGUUUAACUUGCACAGAACAAAAUUUUAUAUCAAAAUCUGGUUAUCAUCAAGCUGCUUCGGAACACGGCCUUGUCGUCAUUGCCCCAGAUACCAGCCCUCGUGGCUGCAAUAUUAAAGGAGAAGAGGACAGCUGGGACUUUGGCACUGGUGCUGGGUUUUAUGUCGAUGCUACUGAAGAUCUUUGGAAAACUAACUAUAGAAUGUACUCUUACGUAACGAAGGAGCUUCCCCAACUUGUAAAUGACAAUUUUCCAGUGGACCCCCAAAGGAUGUCUGUUUUUGGCCACUCUAUGGGAGGCCAUGGAGCUCUGAUUUGUGCUUUGAAGAAUCCUGGAAAAUACAAAUCUGUGUCAGCAUUUGCUCCACUUUGCAACCCAGUGCUCUGUCGUUGGGGCAAAAAAGCCUUUACCGGAUAUUUGGGAACAGAUCAAAGUAAAUGGGAGGCUUAUGAUGCUACCUGUCUUGUGAAGUCCUAUCCAGGUCCUCAGCUGGAUAUACUAAUUGAUCAAGGGAAAGAGGACGAGUUCCUUUCCGACGGACAGUUACUGCCUGAUAACUUCAUAGCUGCCUGUACAGAAAAGAAAAUCCCUGUUGUUUUCAGAUUACAAGAGGGUUAUGAUCACAGCUACUACUUUAUUGCAACCUUUAUUGCUGAUCACAUCAGACAUCAUGCAAAAUAUCUGAAUGCAUGAAAAACUUCAGAUAAGAGAAUCUCUUCAGGAUUAUAAAAUUAUAAUAAACAGAAUUGCAAGGAAAUAAGAUUUUAAAACUUUGGAUUUCAUAAUGCUAAAAAUGCUUCAUUCUGUAGUUGAAUCACUCACUGAAUAAAUAUAUCAAACCUG